GAGGCUUCACAAACAGGAAAGAGUAAAUGAAAAACAAGAUGCAAUCAUUAUGGAUUUCCUCCAGAAGAUGGCAAAGGGGCCUGCCGCCCCCGAGACCGGGGAAUUCACGUCGGUUCAAACAGAGCAGAGUGACGGCAGUCAGUGGGAGAAUGUUGAUCCAGAAAUCAACACAAUUUCAGGGGAACGUACGCGAGGUGUGAAUGUCGGACUUAAAUCGCAGACUUCGGCUGCUGUUCAAUGUUUAGUCAAUGAGUCAAAGGAAACUUCGAGGAAAAUCCAGAGAGGUGUUGUUGUGGGAGAUGUAGCCUUUUACUCUUACUUAUCAAAAUCGGAAACAAAUCCUGGUCACCAUCAAACAAUAAUAUUUGACUAUAUUGUUACAAACAUUGGCGGAAACUAUAAUCACUACUCCGGUAUUUUCACUCCACCCGGAAAUGGAGUGUAGACUUUUUCGUGGACAUUAUACUGUACCACAGAGGGGCGUUUUACCUUCGAGCUGGUCGUUAAUUCGAAUCCUGUGGGAGCGUCGUAUUGUAAUGCACAGGAUACUGUUAGCUUAAGACAUACAACAGGUGUAAUCGUUGUCGAGAUCAGCCUGGGAGAUAUAGUAUACGUUCGUACUUCUCCAACAGACGAUAUGUAGGGACAGAUUUUUUCCAAUUCUAACGCUCGCACUUCAUUCAGUGGAUGGAAACUGUUCUAGUAUAUACGUGUUACUAUUUAUAGUCCUUAUAGUACUGAUGAUAUUUGAUUU